CGGUGAAGGUUGUUUGUUAGAUGCAGUCUAUUAGUUCAGAUAAAGAAGAUAUGGAAGAAGCUGAAAUGGAUCUUCCAGUGUCGUGUAGUUUUACUGAUCAAGCUAAGCAACGUGAAAUCCACCAGAGAAAAAUUAAUAAGACUAUUAUUGAAAAUCGCAUAAAAACCAAAGCACUCCGCAAAGCUAAGCGUAAUGUACGCAAACAAACAGACGGCUGCCAGUCUAGUGAAAUAGCUUGCCAAGAAAUCCAAUAUAUACCACUGAAGGAUAAGGAAAAGUCAAAUGAAAAGGACUGUCUAGAAGAAGAAUUUAACUGUCCGGGAUAUUUUAACACAUCAGAUCAUCUUCAAUUUAAUGAAGACGAUGGUGAUCAACCUCCCAUACAAAAUAAAUCUCAAUCCUUGGACAUAUCAGCCAGCUCUUCACCGAACGAGAAUGAACUACUAUACGGCAACGAGUCCGAUGAAGGGUAUGAUGGCAGUGAAGAGCACGAUAAGAAUAAAUCAAAGACAAUACUUUUUGACAAUAUUGAUUCUUUUACAAUGAACACCUUGAAAUCCAAGGGAUCUGAUUUUGAAACACGAAAUCACAAGUCAUGGAAAAAAAUAAACAGGUUGAAUGGGAUUCAUGUCCGAAUACUGGAUAGCGCAAAUAUUGAAAACACGGCUCGUCAAAGAUGUGACAGUUUUCGAAAAAACCAGUUGUAUUCCUCUUCGUAUUCCGGGAGGUAUGGAGAUGUUAAACGAGUCACACCAAGCUUACUGAGAAACUUAUCAAGAAAGAAGAAAGCUAGAGCUGGAAUGCGUUAACUAUUUGACUAGAAGUCCUGUAAAUAUGAUUUUUGUUUGUUCUGUCAUUAAUUUGGUAAUCGCUCAAUGACGCUAUUCGACCUACUGCUUGUUUUUAGAGCAAAACUGUGUUUAUGUAAUAUAAAGCGCGGUGAUACUUGUAUUUGAAUUAUUGCAGCAAACAUCUCACUUUCUGAAAACGUCUAGUCACUUUUUUUUAGAUGUGUAAUCGUAUUAAUCAUAGUGAGAUCUUCAUAAGCCCUAUCCAGAUAAAAGAUCGAAAUCCGCUUGCUGUGAUGUUUCCACUCGAAAUUCAUCUCCCGCCUAACAACUGAGUUACUACCCAGUUGCUGUAUGAAAUUCAGUAAGUUUUGGUAUGAGUUUCUUGGUGUAUUAAGGUUACAUUUAUUCCUCGCUGGAUUGUUCUUUAUUAGCGGGUUCACAAUUAACUGCUCAUUUUACAUAGGUGUUUGUAUAACUGGCCCCCAAAUACCCUGGUACGGCCGAGUGGGGAGAGUCCACUCUACCUCUCGAAAUGCUCUCACAUGG